CUUAGUGUGAUGAUAUUUCUGAGGCUGGGCUCGAGGGAUAAUUUCUCGCCUCUUGCGUUCAAAUCUGAAUACACGUCUAAAUGAACUCCGGGUGCACUUUCAGUCGGCCCAGACUUCCACUCGUGCUGAAUGAUGUCGGCUGCUUCAGCUUUUCACGUUACCAAGUGAACUGAAAAUUGAUCCUCUAGUACAGUAGGCUUCUGUUGCGUUCUGAAUUAAAUUAUUAAUUAACAAAUAUGAUGGGAACAGCAGAUGGCCAAGGGGCACUUAGAAGCUAAGGCUUCCACGCUACGAGCCGGGUUCGAUCGUUACGGGCUUGUCCCACUUCAUUACAAAUCCAUCACCUUGUCCGUAAGGCCUCGACCCGUCCUCUGCCUCUGCAGAUGCUGUCUGACUCGCUGAGUGCCUCCAGGAACUUGCUUUUUUGAAUAGAUGGGCACCGUGGUCAGCGAGAAAUGGCCAUUGAAGCUUGCAAUGGGCUUGUUGGCGGGAUUUGGUGGCCUGUACGCGCUGUACUUCUUGGCAAAGCGGCGGCAGCAGCAGGAAGAUCAAGACAGUAAGCACUGUCAGUCCAAGGAGCAGAAUUUACUCCUCCGAGCGACCGGGUUGAGGAUCCGCAGUCAAGAAAAUGCGAGCAGUCGUCAGGGGUAUAAACUUGUAAAUCCUCAUAAUGGUCUGGAAAAGCAGCAACUGCAAGCGAUUCUGGGCCUUCUUAAGAGGACCCUUGAUACUUCCAUUCGAGAACAUGCCCUGGUGACUAUAGGUAAUAGUGCUGCAUUCACUGUAAAUCAGGACCUUAUUCGCGAUCUGGAUGGUCUCAGUGUCGUUGCAAAUUGUUUGUUAGAUGAAAUUACAUCAAUCAAAGUUAAAGCAAUGAAUGCUUUGACGAAUCUUUCCCUUAAUGUUGUUAAUCAAGAAGAGUUGAAGGUUUGGAUCCCACAGAUAUUAAAGAUCCAAGAAGCUGCCACAUUAAACUCUGAGUUGCAGGUAGCUGGUCUGCGAACACUGACUAACUUCAGUGUUACCAAUAAUCAUCAUCAUAUGAUGACUAAGUCCAUUCCUCACUUUCUUAAGCUCUUGGUGGAUGGAACUGAAAAUAUAAAGGUUCAGGUAUUAAAGAUCCUGGUAAAUUUGUCUGCAAAUCCAGAGUUAACACAUGAUUUUCUCUGUGCUCAGGUGCCACCAUUGUUCCUUUUCUUGUUUGAUGGCACUAUCAAUAAAGAAGUUCUUAUACGAAUCCUUAUAUUUGUUGUAAAUCUAAAGGAAAAUAUGAACUUGAUGCAGGGCUUUGGGCAGUAUGAAUACAAAGUGGAUUCACUCCAUUCUGUACUGUUUGGCAAUCCAAUACCAUUUUCUCAGAAAAUUGCAAAACUUGUGUUGCAUCAAGAUGAUGAAGUGAAACAACAUGCUGCCAGAAUUAUGGUCUAGGACA